AUGUCGGCGGAUCUUUUUGCAGAUUGGAAAAAAGAAGAGGAAACGUUAGGAGACCCUCGUCAUGGAGGUGGUCACGGUGGUGGCAUGUACGAGUCUCCGUACGGUGCAGGAGGUGACGCCUACGGUGGUGAUAAUAGUAGCAAUGAUGAUUUCGACUUUGAAUCAGUCGGUGACGACGCACAAAAGAAGAGCAAAGAGGAAGAAAAGCCCAUGUUUGAAGUACGAGAACAUGGUCUGAAAGUAUCACGUCGCAAGGGGUUUACGCUCUGCUGUAUGGAUGUUGGGAAUGGGGUUCUUGCCAUGGGUUCGCAAGAAGGUAUGCUAUUACGAUGUACCACAGAAGCCACGGACAGUAGUGGUACUAUUGAAGAGAUUAUGAUUGAACCUCAUGUUGCCAUGUCGAACGUAUUUAUUGAUCCUACGGGUGCCCACGUGCUCAUUUCGAUGGAAAAUGGAUCAAAUUUUUAUCUUUCAACAGGAUCGACACGUCCGAAGAAAAUUAUAAAAGCUCAGUCACUGAAGUUUACAUGUGUAGCUUGGGACCGGCAAGCUGGAUCACCAGAAACUUCGGAAUCGGUACUUAUUGGUACAGACUCUGGUGCUGUGUUUGAAGCAGAGUUUGACGGCGGGAAAGAAAAGUCGUUUAAGAAAGUGUAUCAAAUCUCAAACCAGGGGCCAAUUGCCGGAAUAGGCUUUGAGCAUUGGACACUUCCAUCGGGAGAUUUGCGGUACUAUGUCAUGUUGACUACUUCCGCGUCCGGAAAGAGACCGAUGAGGAUGUUUCAGUUCAUUAGUGGCAGUUCUGGUGGUUUAGAAGCCAUGUUUAAAGAGUAUACGAAUCCAGAGCGACUACGAUUUCAAGAACUUCCUGGCGAUGUUACGACGGCGGAAUUACGUUUUUAUUCAAAACAAGAGCGUGAACGUGCUAAGUGCUUUGGGGUUCUUACUGGAGACGGGGUAUACCAUGGUGACUUUGUCUUUGGUCUCUCAAGUACCAUAGAGAAUGUGACGUUGAAUACAGGAUUGCUAGCAUACCCCGGGAAGCAAGCAACCGGUCGUGGAUCGUUUACACCACCCAUUUCGAUCGCAGUGACUCAGUACCACGUAGUUCUUCUAUUUCCACGUCAUGUCCAGGUCGUUUCGAAGCUUAGUGGUGUCGUCGUGAUGGAAGAAACAUUUGAUUCACGCGUUGGUACUGUAAAUUGUAUUGCAGUGGAUGAGACGUUUAAUACAGUGUGGAUCUACUCGAAUCGUCGGAUACUCGAACUUGUUAUAUCUGAUGAAGAUCGAAACGUAUGGAAACUAUUCUUGAGCAAAGCCAUGACGGGUACAGGAGACGACCGUGACUUUGAACAGGCGCUCAGUGUCUGCCGCAAUGGUUGGGAACGUCAGCGUGUUUUGACCGCACAAGCAGAUAAACUCUUUGAAAAGGGCGAGUUUGAUCGUGCUGCUGUGAUUUAUGCCAAGACGACAAGGUCGUUUGAAGAAGUAGCGUUAAAAUUUUUGGAGAAAGAGACGCGGGAUUCGUUGUUAUUGUUCCUCCUGCAAAAAUUGAAAAGUCUGGGCGUCGAGGAGAAAACACAAAAGACUGUACUCUGUUCUUGGAUUGUCGAACUGUUUUUAGACAAGUUUAAUGUGCUGAAAGGAAGUGCACAGGAUGUGGAUGCCCACGCAAACUUGCUGUUUGAAUUUAAACAGUUUUUGCAAGACCAAAAGAGUCAUUUAGACCCAGCCACGACAUUUAACUUGAUCUCGAGUCAUGGUCGACCAGAUGAGCUCGUAUUUUACGCAACAUUAAUUGAAGAUUAUGAAAAGGUGAUUACAUACCACGUCGAUCGUGGCGAGUACGGUGCAGCCAUUGAAUUGCUACGUAGCGUCGAGACGUCCAAGAUUGAAGAGUUGUGGUACAAGUAUUCACCAGAAUUGAUCAUUCAUAAGCCAAAAGAAGUGUACGAAGCAUGGCUAGAAGCAGCAACAUUAAAUCCAACGCGUCUCAUUCCAUCAAUUGUCCGUCAUGUGCACCAGAAAAGCGGAGGUGGUGAUACGACAGGUAAUACUACAAAAAGCCGAUCGGUACUAGACAUGGCCAUCCGCUUUCUCAAGUUUGCUAUCAAACAAGGCAAUCGAGACCCAACAAUCCACAAUUAUCUGCUCUUUUUACUAGCAAAACAUCCGGAUGAACGCUUGCUUAUUAGUUUUUUGCGCAAGAAACACAAUGGAAAGCAUCUCUUUGACAUUGCCUUUGCUCUUCGUUUGUGUACUCAAAAUGAAAAAAAUCGUGCGUGUAUUUACAUUUACUCUGCCAUGGGAUUAUAUCAAGAUGCGGUGGAAAAGGCAUUGCAAGUGGAUGUAAAGAUUGCAAAGGAAAUGGCUGGUAUGCCUGAAGAUGACGAGACGCGCAAGAAAUUGUGGACUUUAAUUGCCAAGCACACGAUUGAUGCUGGUGGAGAGAUCAAGGAUGCAAUGAACAUUUUAAAAGAGAGUGAUUUGCUUAAAAUUGAAGACAUUUUGCCAUUUUUCCCGGAUUUUGUGCUGAUUAAUGAAUUCAAAAAAGAGAUAAGUGAAUCGCUUGAAGUCUACAAUGAUCGUAUUGACCAGCUCAAGGAAGAGAUGCAAGACUACACACAAUCGGCUGAGCUAAUCCGUGCAGACAUGCAGCAGCUACGGAAACGAUGUGCUGUUGUGUCUGGCAACCAGCGCUGCGAACUGACAGGACAGAAUCUUUUAGGCAAAGAAUUUUACGUCUUUCCAUGCUCGCACGCUUUUCAUGCUGGUGCACUGCGUCAGGAGAUGCAAAAGCAUCAUAACAGUUUUCAGCGUCAAACAGUCAAGCAAUUGAUUCAAAAACUCACGGAACUGUCGACCGAGAUGCCAGCGCGCACAAACUUUUUUCAGCGCCCAUUGUCUGCGUUUACGUUCCUCAAUUUGUCGUCAAGUGAAAAAGAAGUUAUGACACCAGGAGCAGAGGGAGGAAAUGCUGCAACGACGGCUAAGGCCAAAAAUGCUGCAAAGGAGCAGUCUAUUGCACAAGAACGGGAGAUGGUACAACAGAAAUUGGACGAGAUCAUCGCAUCCGAGUGCAUUUUCUGCGGUGAAGUAAUGAUCAAGUCAAUUCACACUCCAUUCAUCUCACCGCAGGACGAAAUUAACGAGGGAAAAGAAUGGUCGAUUUAA